AUGUUUACGAUUGGUUGGGCCGCCGUGCAGAUAGCUCAUUUGACAAUGCUCAACUGUCUGACCAACGAUCAAAACGAACGUGUGCUCCUUGUCUCGUUACGAUAUUUCUUCAGUUCCGUUGGGGACAUCUCCACAUUUAUGAUGUCCUAUUUAUUGCUGCAAGGUGAACAAAUCUCUACUCCAGAGCGAGUUUCCAAAACCAAUCGCACCGUGCCAGGAAACUGGACUGAGUUGAGUACCAUGUUUUCGAACGGGACUGAUAUGGAUACACCCAUUGUCACACAGGAUGCAAUCACCAUAGAAGAUAUGCCACUAUUUCGGAACAUAGCAGUCGUAUUGACAGUCUAUGGAUUGUUGUUUGUAAUUGCAUUCCACUGCGGUGUUCCGGAACGCAGGGAUCAGAUUGACUCAAAUGACAAAGAACCGGAUUUGAUUGCUGACGACAUGAUUCGUUCUGUGCCGGAAUUCAUCAAAAGUUUGGAUGAACUUCACUCGAUCGCCAGUCAAAUGCACGAGGUCGGUCGCAGUCGUCACAACAGUAUUAGUGGAUCUGCGUUGCACAUGGUUCGAACCAAACAACUCCCCUCAUCACUCAAACAACUCGACAUUCCCAUCAUAGAAACGACGGAAUUCAACUGGUACGAUUGGUUCCGUGUGCCCCGGUUCUGGGUGGAUUGUUUCAUAUUUACGACGAUUCGUCUGAGCGUCACACUGUCCAGUCUCUACAUUUCACCGUUCUUACUGCGCACACUGAAACUUGACAAGUCCAGCAUCAUGCUAGUUCCACUGGCAAUUUACUGUACAAGCCUGGUCACCAGCUUGUUACAACACCGCGUGGUCAAACUACUUGGACGAUUGGGUAAUUCCAUGAUCGGAGUGAUUUUCACUCUCAGCUUUUGCACUAUCUUAUUCUUCUAUGUUCCGGGGCAAGCCAGCCAACUUAUGGUUUACUGUGCGGCGAUUCUCCUCGGAGUUGGAGCCGCAUUCAACAACGUGUCUGCGAUUGUAGUAGUCACAGAUAUGAUCCAGCCACACCAGACAAAUACGGCUGCCUUUGUGCACGGUUUCGCCUCAUUGACCGAUAAGGUAUUCACUGGAGUGACUGUUCAAAUCAUUCAACUGAGUCUUCACUGGAUCGAUUAUCGUCACGUGGAAGUAUUCAUUGUCGGUGGUCUGCUUCUGAUUGGUGGAAGUUUAUCGGUAUUUGAUUAUCUUUAUUGGAUAAGACCAAAUAACCGGAACAAAGACGACGCGAGUGAUUUUGAAUCCGAACCGCUCCGUGGCGAUUGUGAAAAGUCACCUAUGACAAAUUUCAGCACUUUAGGCGCAUCGAUGCCAAUUGCUGAAACUACUAAAGAGCAUGCUACAAACGGGUAUUCAAACGGCAAGGUUUAA